AUGGAAUUCAACAAUCUCACGCUCAAACCCGACGGCCCUAAUGACAGUCCAUCCUUUGUUUAUGAUGGUGCAUAUCGCAUCUACAAAGACGAUCAAAACCCCGAAGCUCUUUUCGGAAAGGCGUUGCGCUACCAUUCUUCCUUGAGAGUGAAUCACACAUCGGAGCAACAGGAACUCAUACAUAAAGAGGUGAAGGGAACUCUAUUUCACGCGAUUUACGGCAGCAAUCGCAUCGAACAUGCUGGCCUAGGCUGGGAUGCCACACGGUAUCUCUGUCAUAAGACCCUACAAGAGCCUGACUUCGUACGCGAAGUCAAUGAGGAUGAUUCAGACUUCGAUGGAAAGGUUCACGACCUAUAUGCUGCGGAUCCAAAUUUACGAGGAAAGUCGAGAAGCCAUGUUGUUCGCGGCCGGCGUGAAGUCAUCCAGCACGUGAGAGCCUUCGAACAUAUGAUGGACAGGUUCUGGGUUCACAACGAAGAUCUUACAGAGGAUCUCAUCAAGAAAACGCAUGAAAUUCUUUGCAAGGGAGUCUCGAUCAUAGAUCCUGGUGCCGAAUAUCCCGAUGUACCUUAUGAGAAAUAUGCAGGACAAUACCGAGAUGUUCCUGUCGGCGCUAGAAACACCAUGUUCGUGAUGCCACAAUACGUGCCUGCAAAGAUGGCCGAGAUGUGCGCGAACCUCAAAAAUGACAUCGAAGGCAAGGAAGUUUUGGACCCAUUUUCACUCGCAGCCAAAUACUCACUCCGGUUUGUUGAGAUUCAUCCAUUUCAGGAUGGGAACGGACGAAUGUGUCGCAUCAUCCUCAACGCGAUCCUAUUUCGGUACGUCGGUAUUCUCAUCUCAAUCGGAGAGACUCAAGAUGAAAUAAAUGAGUAUAUAAACAUCAAGAAGAGGGCUUCGAGAGACAUGGAGGGUCACGGAGAGUAUGCUACGUUUGUGCUGAAGAAGAGUGUGAGGGGCAUACAGAAGCUGAAACAGAGGGUUAAUAGGAAGAAAGCAACAUGA